UCCAGAACUGUCACGGUACUUUCGCCGCCAAUGGUGGAGUUGCAUUGUUCUGUGGAGUAAUUUGAUCAAACAAGUAGCUGAACGUGAGCGUAGAACAACAGCAACAAUAGAAGUACACUGUAAAAUUUUGAAGACAAUGGAUAUCGCGAAACGACGUUUACCGCUUGAUCAAUAUCUCUAUGCUCGCGCUGCCGUAAUUCGAGAUAAUCAGCUGUUGAUUGCAGUCUCCCCCAGUCAUACAGAAGAGCGGAUUCUCGAUAAUUUUUUGAAAGCGUACGGAAUUGAGAACGACGAGGCGAUUUCACUCAGCGAGUCUGCGCUCGGGAGCUACGUGAUCUAA